CAAAAUUACCAGAGGUUAAUUUCGGACAACCGAGCUGUUAAUUAAAUACAAUAUCAUAAUGAUUGAGCAAGAUAUUGGAUUUUUCGUCACACGAAAAAGUUUUUUUUAGUUUGUACUUAAAUAAUGUUUCAGCAAUUUUAGACGGUAAAAGACAUACACACAGUUAUAUAUUUGUGUUCCGGGUGUAUUAUAAUUGAAAUCUAAGGAAUCAGUGCAUCACGUCGUGACGAAUGAUCUCACUACUUCCUAUACUCAUAAGUUAUCAAUCAUAUAAUGACAUACAUGGGUGAUUAGAACAUCAAACAUCUUCACAGACGAAACACCAUUCAACUAUAAGAUCAAAAUUUGAGACAAAGAUGAAGAUAUGGAUAACACCCGUUUUAACCUUGGUGUAUGUUGCUUUGGUAACAUGCCAAAAUGCCGGUAACAAUUUUGGAAAUUUUGGAGGCACAGGAAUGAAUAUGGGUACAAAUUCAGGCCCGACAUUUGGAAAUACACAAACUUUUCCCACAGGCUUAAAUACAAUGGGAGCAAAUCAAAACUCCAUGGCCAGUAUGAACCAAAAUUCUUUUGGAAUGCCUCAGAAUUCAUUUGCUAAUUCUCUAGGAACAGCAACUUCUCUAACUUCAAAUCCGUCAUUAACCGUUGGCUCUGGAGGAUCCCUAACCCCUGAUCAACGAUUUCUUAGUGUUGCUAGACUUCAGCCAACCGGACCAGCUCGACCUUCUGCCGCAGGCCCAGGUGCAGCACCUAAUGCUGGUGGUGGAUUUCAGUCAUUUGAUCCUUUCUCAAAUCAAGCAGGACAGGGACCACCUGGUGCAGGAGGCUUCACAAACCAAGGACAAGACUUCACAAACCAGGGACAAGGCUUCACAAACCAGGGACAAGGGUUUACAAAUCAAGGACAAGGGUUUCAAAACCAAGGACAAGGAUUUCAAAAUCAAGGACAAGGAUUUACAAAUCAGGGACAAGGAUUUACAAAUCAGGGGCAAGAUUUCUCAAAUCAAGGACAAGGAUUUGGAAAUCAAGGGGGUAACCAAGGAAAUGGAUUCGGAAAUCAAGGUGGUAACCAAGGAAAUGGAUUCGGAAAUCAAGGUGGUAACAAUCAAAAUAGCUUUGGACUAGGAGAUGGAGCAGAUUUUUUUAAUGAUAAUAAUGUACAAAAUUUGCAACAGAACAACAAUAACAACAAUCAACCUUUUGGACAACAAGGUGGACAAUUUGGUGCAAUGGGUGGAUUUGCCAGAGGACCAAUGAUGGGAGGUCCCCUGUUUGCGGGAUCACCAUUUCAGACAGUUGGUGGGUUUUCAGACUUUGGCGGAGGAUCUGGGUUUGCAUCGCCAUUUAGCCCAUUUGGAGGAAACAUGGGAACAUCUUUUGACCAAUUUAGUAGUCCUUUUGGCGGAUCGUCUUUUUUUGCUGGUGCUCCAUCAUUUGGUGGAAUGGGCGGCGGCUUACCUGGAUUUGGUGGGUCCAGCUUUGGUGACGGAUUUGGUGGGUCUGGCUUUGGUGGCGGAUUUGGUGGGUCUGGCUUCGGUGGUGGUCCAAUAUUUUUGGAUGGAGGCGGUAUGUUUGGAAAGAAGUAACUGUUACGCCAAAGAUUUAGAAAAGAUUAGAAAAUACAUUUCUUUUAUAUUUU